CCGCAAAAUAUCGUCUGCACACGUUUUUUUAACUAUUGAAGAAAGUUCAGAUACGGCGAGCGCUUACGAUGUGCAGCACGUUGCCCCCGAAGGAUGUUGAAUUUGAUAGUUUUCUAACGUUACAUCGAGCACAGCUCGAAAUGAGCUGUGUUCCGGAACACUUUUGGCCAACACUUUGCCGAAAGCUACGCGACGAGACGUACGACGCUGGUGAUAACCUGAUUUUCGCUCGAGUGCAAGGCGAGGAUGGCGAUGUCGAAGUGGUUGUUUCGAGCGAAAAGGGCAUCGAUAGAAUGGAUCCAUCGCAAAUUUACCUCUGCGACCACGCGUGGACAUUUCGCCCUAACGAUGUACGUCGAGUGCUGUCAUCAAACGCCGCUCUUAGAAGUCGAUUGGCCGCCAUGAUGGACAUUGAUUCGAAUUCUCUCGAUGAAGUUCUGCCACGGGUGUGGCGGUUCGCUCAAACGUAUUCACUAAACACCGCUCAAGCAGAAGAUGCCGUUCCUAUCUGGUAUGUUAUGGAUGAACUUGGCUCAAGUAUUAGUCAUUCUCGAGAGCCAAACUUUCGGUUGGUUCCGUUUUACUACCAUCCACGCCAAGUGGCUUAUUCGCUUCUGUUCCCAAUAGAAAAUGCGAAAAUGAAUGAGGUUGUAACCCGGAAUUACGUUGAAGGGCCUUUUACGGACGAGGCUACGGUGAGGGCGUUAUUGUUACCGUGGUACGACUUCAACUUUACUGAGAACACAGACUUCCAGCAAGCAGAGUCUGAAGAGCAAUUUUUUCAAAGUGGCAGACACCAAGAGACGAUGCCGGAAGCUAACGGAUGGUCAAAACAAGGCGCAGGGCACACCGCGCCGGUGAUGUCAGCGAGAGCAAAAGUGUUUACUGAAUACACGGUGCUUAGAGAAAACCUACGUGCGGAUGGCCGCUACGAGGUCACGGACUACUUCGAAGAGGCUGACAUCGUGUGGUUAAACACACACUUUAAGGACUUCGCCAAUCUAAGAAACGAAUACCCGGAUAUGAUGAUCAAUCAGUUUCCAUUUGAACACAUUCUUACUGUGAAAGAUCUCUUUGCUGUUGUUGCAAGACGGGGAGCCAAGCCGCCUCAGGAUCUACAGACCUUCCCGAAGUGGUUACCGACAUCUUAUAACCUAAUGACGGAACUGCCGAAGUUUGCUGCGUAUUUCCAGCGACGAGAGGCCGCCGGCUUGGACAAUUACUGGAUUGUGAAGCCAUUCAAUCUGGCUCGAUCGUUAGACACAUAUAUAACAGAUAACAUUGAGUUUAUUGCUCGUCUGGCAAUGACAGGGCCUAAAAUGGUUUGCAAGUAUAUCACUGACCCGGUUCUGUUCAAUCGCGAAGGUAUAGGACGAGUGAAGUUUGAUCUUCGCUACUGUGUCCUCCUUCGAGAUGUAUCUCCCCUCAAGGUAAUGGUACACCGAAAGUUUUAUUUGCGAUUUGCAAAUCGGCCUUUUGCCCUCGAUGAAUUCGAUGUCUACGAGAAACAUUUCACUGUCAUGAAUUACUCAGAAGAGACAGAUAUGAAAAACAUUCUCUGCGACGACUUCAUUUUGAAGUUCGAGCAACAAAACAGUAACAUCAGUUGGGCUUCAGUGGAAGCAAAAAUUUUCGAGGUUUUUUGUGUGUUGUUCAAGAAUGCAACUAAAUUUCCUCCUCCACUUGGUCUCGGGUAUAAUCACCAGUCUCGAGCAAUGUACGCCAUUGACCUGAUGCUUGAGUGGAAUUCGAGGGGCGAGAUUCAGCCGAAAUUGUUAGAACUUAACUGGGCACCGGACUGCAAACGGGCCUGCGAGUUCUACCCGACUUUCUUCGGAGAUGUUUUUGACGCCCUCUUUAAGGAUGAUCUGACAUCAAAAAAUAUAGUUCAAAUUAUGUGAAUUAUUGUCGCUGUAUUGGUGUGUACAACGAAAAUGUGUCUCUAGAUGAAUUGAGUUGACUAUUGUUACUAAUAAAUAGCAUAGUUGUUUGUUAUGGCACGUAAAAUACCUGAAAUAUUGUGGACGAAAGUUUAUUUGAAGUGUUUUUUGAAGGGUAAAUGAGACUAUAUGAAUUUAGAUACCACAGUCCACUCGUAUACACAUUUCUACAGAAUCUUCAAUUCUAAUAUAUAUGAAACUGUAUAUAGAUAAAAUAUAUGAAUAAAGAAAUAGCUGUAAAAAUAAUUUAUUUAAUAAUGAUAGUGAUAAUCGUUGCGACAGUGAGCUAAUAAUAAUGCAAUUAAAGCAACUAUUACGAUUACUACUACAUUCAACAGCUUUCCUAUAAUAUUCCUCUAUUGAAAUUUUUAUCACAGUGUGAAAUCGACGCUAUUUUCAGUGCCGUCUAUAGGAAUUUCUCUGAAAAGUAGUUUGGAGCAGGCUUAGCUGUUAACUGAAUCAUGUUUCUUCCUAGCUUUAUUUAGCGUCUUCUCUUACGAUUACUUGGUUUAGACUGUACGUUGUCAUAUAUAUCAUUCCGAUUUUGUUAGAUAUUUCCGCAAAUGUACGUUCACUAGGGUUACCAAGAUUGACGUCGUCAUAUUGUUAUCAAACAAACGAAAUGUUAAACCUAUGUGAUUAUCUUCCAACCCAAGAUAUAUCUUCUUGUUCUUCAUUUCCCAUAAAACAACUAUAAUAAAAUGAAAGAGUGGUUUAAAAAGAUCUGAUGUACCACUAUAAGUGUGCACA